AUGACGGACGUCAAAGGCGCCAUGGUCGGAGGUGACCGCAGCUUGAACCCUUCCCAGCAGGAGGACCCCGACCUCUUCGUGCGAGUGGCUGAGCGGAAGCCGAACGGCGGCAUCGUCCUCCGCGGUUGCAAGGCACACCAGACUGGUAACCUCAACUCGCACUGGAUGAUCCUGAUGCCGGGGAGCAAGAUGGAAGUCGCUGACAAGGACUAUGCCGUGUCCUGCGCCGUGCCCGUGGAUGCUCCGGGCAUCACCUACAUCUACGGACGUCAGAGCUGCGAUUUGAGGGCCAUGGAGCCGGGUGACAUUGACCAGGGCAACGCCAAGUUCGGCGGCCAGGAGACCAUGACGAUCUUCGAGGACGUCUACGUCCCCCCCGAGUACGUCUUCAUGGACGGCGAGGUGGACUUCACCCAGAGACUGGUGGAGCGCUUCACCGCCUACCACCGCCGCUCCUACGUCUGCAAGGCCGGCCUGGGUGACGUCAUGCUGGGUGCCGCGGCCACGGUGGCGGACUACAACGGUGUGGCAAAGGCCUCCCACAUUAAGGACAAGCUGGUGGAGAUCGCCUACCUGAACGAGAACAUUGCUGGCACAGCCAUGGCCUCCUCCUACGGCGGCAAGGCCACGCCCUCGGGCAACUUCCUCCCAGACGUCAUGAUGGCGAACAUCUGCAAGCACAACGUGACGAAGCUGCCGUAUGAGAUCUCACGCUUGGCGCAGGACUUGGCUGGCGGCCUCAUCGUCACCCUGCCCGCCGACAAGGAGUUCCGCAACGAUGUGGCGGGGCCCUUGCUGGAGAAGUACCUGAAGGGCAAGAAGGGCGUCACUGUGGAGAAUCGCCGCCGCAUCCUCCGACUCAUCGAGAACAUGACCAUGGGCAGGAAUGCCGUGGGCUACCUGAGUGAAAGCCUCCACGGUGCCGGCUCGCCCCAAGCACAGCGGGUCCUUAUCCAGCGCCUCUUCGACCUCGAGAACAAGAAGAGGUUGGCGAAGCAUCUGGCCGGCAUCGUCGAGUGA